AAACCGACCAUGAAGCCUCCUCAAGACGGCAAGGACUCCAUCGAAGGCCUACGCAUUGCUUGCCUAGAACCAGCCGCAACACAAGUGUGUCUCGCCCUUGGCCUGGCCAGCAGCAUAGUAGGUGUCACUCAUGAAUGCGAGCUAGAAGACACCAUCCUUCACGGGGACCCCACAAUCCAUGUUCUGACGCAAAAUGGAUUGAAGGACGGAGCGACACAAGCCGAGAUCCACCAAGCAGUCAGUAACGAAGGGAAGCGACGAAAACAAGCCGAGGCCGAGUUUGACGAUGAUGAUGACAAGGCCAAUAGUUUUCCAGUAUCUUCAUUGUACCCAAUUGUGAAGGGUGCGUGGGAACUGGCCAAACCCAACUUGGUCUUUACACAGGAUCUCUGUGCUGUCUGUGCUCCCACGCCCUUGGAUGUAGAGCGUGUUGCCGGGUCUUCUGCCGAUAAUAGCCAGCUGGUGACUGUAUCGCUGCAACCCAAGUCUCUACAAGAAGUGGCAGAAACUUUUGUGACGGUGGCAGAACAUUGCUUUGACAAGAGCAUACUCAAUUGUGGCACAAAUCAUCCUGGCAAAAGACUGCAAGAGUCAUUUUGGAAGGAUCUCGAGACCCUGCGCAAUGCUAUUGAAGCGAACCGUGACAAGACAUUGUCAAAACCAAAAUUACUCAUGUUGGAAUGGCUCUCUCCACCCUUCUCCGGUGGCCACUGGGUACACGACAUGAUGGAUUAUGCAUGUGUCGAGUCGGCCAUGCCUGCCACUGGCUCCAACAAAAAAUCUCCCUGUAUUUCAUGGUCGAACAUUACAAAAAGUGACCCCGAUGGUGUCCUGGUGGGAUGUUGCGGCUUUUCUCUUGAACGAAAUGCCGAGGAUUCACGUGCCACCCAACAAUUCCACAAGUUGCGAGCCGAUAUCUUUGCCUGCGAUGGAAACAGCUACUUUGCACAACCCACACCGUUGCUAGUGCAUGGAGUGGCCAUACUGGCUACUUGUGCCUAUCAGAAGCAACCUCGCGUCUUGCAAGCCAUUGACCAGUGCUACCAGUUCUUUACCACACCACUGAUACCAUCGUCGUCCGCGAUGGGUUUGGAAGGCGUAACAUUGAAUCCAUUGCCAACCAAUGGAAACAACGACAAGUCAGUCAGCAACAGUAUUGCCGGAAUUGUCGACGUGGAGGAUCUAGGGAAUGGCUAUUACGAAUUGCACCAAAAGGCAUGCCAAGAGCAAAAGACAACCUACAUUGAUCCAGCCACGGGGUAUCAGGUGUUUACCGAGGUUGCCCAUCGUAAUCGUGGCAAGUGUUGUGGAUCGGGAUGCCGGCAUUGCCCCUACAAUCACGUCAAUGUCAAAGACAAGUUGAAUCGAAUCUCGCAACCAUCAUUGCUCUACCAAGCACCCUCCAGCGAGCUGUUUGGCUGCCCAGAUAAUGAUGAUGAUUGCAACGCACAACCAGUCAAGGUACUCUUCUUUAGCGGCGGAAAAGACUCCUUCCUGACGAUUCGAGCGCUGGUCCGACAACACCAACAAGAAUCCUUUGGACUAGUACUCUUGACAACCUUUGAUGCCGAUAGUCGAACAAUUGCCCAUCAGGAAGUCUCCAUUGAAGAUGUCAUGCGACAAGCCCAACACUUGAAAAUAUCCCUGCUCGGUGUGCCAUUGCAUCGUGGAAGCGGCCAGAGCUACAAGGACCGCAUCAUUCAGGCCCUCCAGGCAUUGGAUCGUUGGAAUGUCACCUCCCUGGUCUUUGGCGAUCUACAUCUAGAGCACAUCAAAGAUUGGCGCGAAUCCGCCAUGGGUCCGCUCGGUUAUAGUCUCGAGUAUCCAGUGUGGAAAGUCCCGUACGACGACCUCAUGAAUGACUUGGAUGAAUCGCGAGUUCCCUGUGUUGUGUCCGGGUCAACCUGUGACUUUGUGGCUGUUGGUACCCCGUUUGAUCGAACGUUCUACAACAAACUUGUGACGGAGGCACCCGAGGGACCGGCCGUGGAGACGACGAAGGAUGGUGCUUCGAUUGUAAGAAGGAUAGAUGCCUUUGGAGAGAACGGCGAAUUCCAUUCCCUGGCCCAAGUUUGGAAUGUGACGAGAGAGCAAGCACAGGGAAUCAAAUAGAUUGUUUUUGUCAGGGAGUACUUGAUCCCGCCGAACUAGCUCCAAAUCGUUUUGU